AUGCAUUCGCCACUACCUUCGGUCGUCGCCGGUCCGAUAGCCUCUACGCCCUCUCCGGACGCUACUGGCCUCUGCCGCCCUUGGCUUCGUGGAGUGGAGAACCUGAGGAAGCAACUGAAGACACCCUCUCAACAUUCAGUUGCUAGCCGCCAUCUCACUCCCGCGGCGCCCUCCACCAGAUCGGUAGCCAUCCCAAUGGCGAGCAUCAUUAUCCGACAGGAUCCGGGAUCCAUUUACCGACCCGGCCGAACCAACAUUGGCUACAGCAUCGUCAGCGACGAUGGCGUGAUUGGAGAACCCGCCUCUCAGGACGACGAUUCUUGGAUCGAGUUCCUGACCGACGAGGCGAUCGAGGACCUUGCCCUUUCUGACCAGGACCUUGACAUGACUCCGGAUGGCCUCUCUGAGAGCGAUACGCAGUCGCACGACGCCCAGCCCGACAUGUCAGAGAAAGUCAUUGACUCAAUCGAGGCGGUGAACAGAGAGGACGGGACCGAGGAGGAGAACCAGGAGGACAAGGCCAGUCAUUCCAUUGCCACCCGGGUUCGAAAUGUAACACCUCCCUUCCUAGCUUCUCGUUCUCGCAAUAUUGACUUUCAGGUACAGGGACCUCUCAGCCCCAUGUUAGUUGAUGGCAUCCCCCAGGACUCCACGUUGGACGGCUUCCGAGGCUUCUAUGACAACAUGGGCAACCCCUUCUUCCAACAUGACUAUGACUAUGAGCCCGCUUUACCCCCUCACCUCCGUCGCCCCAUCUUCGUCGACUGGGCCGAGCCCUUCAAGAACCCCGUCUACGCUCUUCGUUACCUUGCAGAGAUUGCCGGAGACUACUACACCGUGGCUCUCAUGAACCAGAGAAUCAGCAUGCAGCAACGCCCGCAGACACCAGGUGCUCAGAGCGUCUUGCAGUCGCACCUGCUCUCGCCUGCUGCCUCGCAUAUCGCUACGCCCGCUCGCACGCCGGCCACUAAGCGCCUUCGCUUCUCCGACGAUGUCGUUCGCUCUGGUUAA